AUGGUGUUCCGAGGCAGUUAUCCAAGUCAGUACAUCACUUUACCUCAUGCGAUCUGCACAAACCUGCGAGCCUUCACUGUAAUGAUGUGGAUUCGCACGGCCAAAGUUGAUGGGACCAUACUGGCCUACACAACCCAGAAAUCUCGACAGACACUGGGCGAGACACUGAUUGCUAUCAGCAAUCCUGGAGCAUUGCAGGUCCACAUUCAAGGGUAUCGCUUUUUCUCCUCCGUCUCUGUGAAUGACGACCAUUGGCAUCAUUUGGCCGUCUCAUGGCAUGAGCACGGUGGCAUCCUCAAGAUCUACCUAGAUGGGCAGCUGAGACUGAUACGCAAGUCGGUGAGACCCGGUGCCAAGAUCCACAGUGGAGGGGAGUUCAUUCUGGGAGAGUUACGUAAUUCUGAAUUUGACAAACAGCUGAUUCUGUAA